GUGGUGUUGAUUACCUUCUGCAUGCCGUAUUCGAACCUUCUGAUGAAUCAAAAACAUAUGAAAACAACAAGUUUUCAUUAGAUAAACUGGCCUUUUUCGUUUUUAAAUCUGAAAAAUGCGAGAGUCCGACGAUGAGGACUAUGUCGUCUAUGGAACUCCACUGGAGCCAAUUGAAGAAGAUGAGGUACCUAGGAAGAAGCCGAUAUACAUACAAGACCAGAUAGCGACAGACAAGCAGGGCCGGAGGAGGUUUCACGGCGCGUUCACCGGUGGCUUCUCAGCCGGGUUUUACAACACGGUGGGUACGCCGGAGGGAUGGCUACCCGCCGCGUUCAAAUCGUCCAGGGAGAAGAAGGCCGAUUUGCAGGCGCAAAGGCCGGAGGAUUUCAUGGAUGAGGAGGACACGGAUCAGUUUGGCAUCGCUCCAUCGGUGUUACGUGCUAAGCCGGAGUACAGCGGUUCGGACAGGACGCGCAAGAGAGAACGUGUCACCUUCUCCGAAGGGCCGAUACCAGGCGACCCCGUCCUUCACAGCAUACUCCGUCCUGCCAAGGAGACAAUUGGAGUACAGUUGCUUAUGAAAAUGGGCUGGAAGCCGGGUCAAGGUAUCGGACCUCGUCUUACAAAGCUGCAGAAGAAAAAGCAAAACAAGCAGAAUCAGAAUAAAGUCUAUGGUUGUUACAUUCCAGGAAAACCUGAUUCAGACAGCGAUGAAGAGAUUGACGUGAAUCAUCUCUUUGCACCGGACGAUGUUGAGAUGAUGUUUGUGAAGCCGAAGACGAACAGGUUCGGCAUGGGCUACACCGGCCUCGACAAGAACUUCAUGUUGGGCGGCGUUUCAAAGGUGCAGGAUACGUUUCGAAUGAUGGACAACAAUAAGAAACUCGCCAUCAAAGGACAAGCAUUCGGUGUCGGCGCAUUUGAAGAUGAAGACGCCGACAUUUAUGCAAGGGAUGACAUGUCCAAUUAUGAUUUUUCGCUCGAAACGGUCAACUCGCUCAAAGAGAAAAGGCGGAAGGAAAGGAAAGAGAAGAAAAUGCUUGCGAUCACUUCUGGCGGAUUUGGCAUCAUAGAUGGUUUUGUCCUGGCGAAGAAGCCUCCUGUACUUAAGAAAUACUUCCCACCGCCGAAACUGCCGCCCGACUACAAUGGCGUCCAUGCAGUUCGCAAGACUCGGUUCGGCCCCGAGCAUAAAAACCUGCCGGUAAUUAAAAGUAAACACUUGCUGACGGCUUCCGACAGAGCUGCGAUCCUCGAAGAUGAAAAACAACAAAAAACAAAAGACGAGGAAGUCGAAGAGCUACCGCAGCCUGAAGAGGUCGAAGGUCAAACAGAAGACACGGGCUUCCGUCCUUUUAUCAGCGACCCGGCAAAACAGGCGCGAUACGAGCGGUAUCUACAUUUUGUCAAAAUCGGCGCCAAAGAGGCUUUUGAAAAGAUCCAGCCUAAAGUCAUGACCUCGUGGGAGAAAGAAAGGGAGCGGAACGAGUUUGAGCAGGCGUCCAGACUUUACAAGCCGCUUUCAGGUAUGAUGGCUGAUAGAUUUGCGAGCGCCGAACUUCCCGACGAGUCUCUUGACCCUCUCGCCCCAGUACAAAAGUACACAGGUGGCGUAGACGCUAAACUCGCCGAGGCUGCCAAAGAGAAGAAAUUCGGCAAGCUGACGAGAUCGAGUUACACCUGGAUACCCGUAUCGUUGCUCUGCAAACGGAUGAACAUCGCCGAACCCAUGUCCAGUGCCGGGACGAGCUUGUGUGAAAUAGCGGAUGAGAAGAAUAAAAAGAGAAAAGUCAAGUUCAACGCUUUCGAUUUUCUCGCGGACAAAGCGAAGGCGGAGGAUUUCUUCAACAACAGGCUCGAAGAUCCUGCGAAAGAAGAGAAUGUUCACAAAGAUCAGACAGAAGAGGAAGGGAUAAAAAAUGAGACGGGUUUAAAUGAGAAACAGCCAUUGAAUCUACCUCCACCCGAUGUGAUCCCUUUUGAAGAUCCGGAGAAGAAAAUCGAUCUGUUUAAGGCGAUAUUCUGCAGCGAUGAAGAAAACGAAGAAGAGGAAGAACCCGAGAGUAACAAAAAUGCUCUUAGGAACACAUCGCCUCCAAGGGGAAUCUUUGCCAAUUUGGACCUGGACGCUUUGAAGGCGAAGCCGCAGGCCCUACCGGACGAGCCGACAGCGUCCAAUAAGCCUGACCCGCAGCUCCUCUACGGCCCGUCCCUCCCGGCGAAGCCCGUCUUCUUCAAGCCGACCGCAUCGCACAAAGAUUCUUCCGACUCAGAACCAGAUUCUUCUGAAGACGAGUGGGUUGAAAAGGGUAAAGCCGUCAAAGAGAAGAAAGAUGAGAAGAAAAAGCACAAAAAGCACAAAAAAGAAAGCAAAAAAGAAAAGCACAAGUCUAAAAAGAAAAGCAGUAAAAAAAAGAGUAAACACUAA